AUGUCUCAACUUAGCCCUUCUCUUACCACCACUAAGAUCAACGAAAUGGCAACCUUUCAUCAAUUCGCUAGACUCCCUAUCGAGAUUCGGGACUUGAUAUGGGAAAAGGCUCUCAUCAAAGACAGAGUUCUCAGCAUGCAUGUUUGGACCCUCGGAGAGAAAUGCUGGAGUGAGGCACGAACUAUGCAUGUGCUCCACGGGAGACCUUUGGAGAAAGAGCUUUCAGCCGUUAUUGGUUCUCCAACUACUCCCCGACUUCCCAACGGACAGGAGACGGAAGUCAAUGCAGGAUCGGAGAAGAAAUAUGGUGUCUUCGUCGAUGACAAAGCAGCUAUAAGCAAACUGUUCCGCGUCAACGCUGAGUCGCGCGAGGCUGCGAAAAGGUUUUACAGGGUACACAUUCCCUGUACUUAUAUGAAACCAGGGCUAUAUGAAAAGGGAACGCUGUACCUUCGACCGGAAUCGGAUACCAUACGCAUGGGUCUUACCGAAGGGUUUGGUCGCUUCGCUCAUUGUGUUUGGGCGACGGAUCAUCGGCACGUUGGGCUCGUCAACCUAGCCCCCGACCUUAAAGUUCGAUUUAGUGGCUUUAAUGAUUUAGAUUGGCAGCAUGAUUCGUUUCCAGAAGAUCCUACAGAGGUGAAGCUGUGGAAGGAGGGCCUGGCAAGACUGGAAAACGUCAGCUUUCAGGAUACCAUACCAGGAUGUGUGGAUCCACGAUGGGCGGAGCUUCGCACGUUCCCUUUGCCCUUGGCACCCAUUGAUCUCCAAAUACCUGGGUUUAAUGACAAAUGGGCCAAAGCUAAUUCACCUCAGUACCUCCCCAUAGAGGGUAUGAGACUGAGCGCUCUGUUCUGGUUCCGUCUCUUGUCCAGAGAGGAAAUCACGUUGUCGCCCGAUGUCAACUAUGGCUGCCUGUUCAGUCAAAGAGACACAGUACACCAGUGUCUUCCAAACAGAACCAAGAAGUGGCAAUGUGCAGCAGAGUUAUUCAUCCAGGACUUCAGAGCAAAGGGAAAAGAGGUUGUUCCUGGAUACUGGCUUUUUCCGAUGGACCACCUUUCAAUCGUAAAGGUUGAUAAGGGCAAGUUGCUUACUGCAUACUCGGAGCAGACUGGGAUAGUUGACUGUCGGAAACGGCAUCUGUGGAAGACAUCAUAG